AUGCAGGCCCUCAAAGUCGCAGGAUGUAUCCCUCCACUAUUAUACUCUCAACUCUUCGUCCACAUACCUUACCCAACAUCAGACUUCUCAGGACAGACCAUCAUCGUGACAGGCUCCAACACCGGUCUGGGCAAGGAGGCCGUCCGUCAUCUCGUCCGCCUCGGAUCAAAGAAGGUCAUCAUGGGAGUGCGUACCGUCUCGAAAGGCGAAGCUGCAGCCGAAGACAUCAUCAACAGCUGCAAUGUCAAAAGCUCGAUAAUCGAGGUCUGGCAGCUCGAUAUGGCUGAUUCGAAAUCUGUCCAAGCCUUUGCCGAACGAGCGAGAGGGCUGGAGCGAUUGGAUGCGGCCAUUCUCAAUGCAGGGGUACAGUCUAUGAAGUGGUCCACUGCGGGCAGUUACGAAUCACACAUCGCCAUCAAUACGAUCAAUACCACUUUGCUCUCGAUGCUUCUCUUGCCGAAGUUACAAGCCAGCGCCAGGACCACAGGCCAACGAGGCCGUCUCACAACCGUCGGCUCGGAUCUCAUGUACUUCGCCAACCUGAGAGAACUCGAAACAGAAGGCAACAUCCUCAAAAAACUCAGCGACGAAGCACAAUCCCGUUCUUGGAUCGGCCAGCGCUACGCUCAGAGCAAAAUCCUCCUCUUCUGGCUGAUUCGUGAGCUCGCGAACCGUAAUCCCCUCACGCAAGACUCAGACGUCCUCAUCACUGUCGUGACACCCGGCGGCUGCCAGAGCGAUUUAUUCAGAGACGAUAUCGGUCCGGUCGGCAAGGCGGUAUUCAAAUUCAUCUCGGGAUGUUUCAACCGCACGACUGAGGUGGGCGCGAGGACGUAUGUUCAUGCCGUUAGUCCUGAGCUGCCGGUGGAGGCUCAUGGGAGGUUUCUGAUGGAUGCGAAGAUUGCUGCGAAUGGGAUGAAUGUUACUUCUGUGCAGGGAAGGAAUCUGGCGAAGAAGUGGAAUGAGGAGAUGUUGGAGAUGUUGCAGAGGGAAGUCGACCUGGACGCAGGAAGCUGA